AUGAAGAAGAUAGAUGCACCAUCUCCACCAUCAGCCCGCCAAGACAUGGCAGAUUCGAUUUCCCCGCACCGAGAGCAAUUAGAGCAACGUGGCGCGGAUCCAUCGAACCCCUAUCCUUGGCUCAAGAAAACUAUCCGGCCCAAAUGGGCUGAUACGGACAAGCCAUCGCCACAGAUCUCCAAGACACGGCGCGUGCGAUCGAGUCUCUUCCAUUCGUUUCCCAUCCUCUCGUACUUGAAGGUGCUCAUCCUGUGCAUCCCGCCCUGCUACUGGCCCUGUGGGUGGCCCCGGCACCGUAAUCGCAAGAGGCGAUUGCGCGGCGGCGUGGACUACCUCGACUACGAGGAGAGUACGCACGAGAAGAAGGGCAACAAGACCGCCGCCAAGCGCUUCAUCAUCGACAACGAUCGACGGGGCUUUGCUGAGAUGCAGUACAUGCCUGAGGCGAGGAAUGGCGUCAUCCGCUUGAUCUAUCUCACCACCAUCAACGCGCUGGACUGCGGCAAACUGCCCUACACGCGCUCACAGCAAGACGUGUUCGAGAUCAGCUCAAAGGCCGAUUGGUGGACCAUGCUCUGCUUGAACCUGGCCAUGGUGUUCGUGCCCCUCCUGGGCCUGUGCUCCAUGUUCUCGGCCCUCGUGUUCAUUCAAAGCCUCAACUCUGACUCGGUUGUGCUGCUGCCCGCGGGCUUGUCAGCGCUCUGCGCCUUUAUAUCGGGCAUCCUGGGCGUCGUGUCCACAGGAACGAAUCCUCACUUUGCCUCCGUGGCGGCUAACGAAAAGCAGAACGUGCUCGCCGAACUCGAGACCGACUUCGCCACCCUGGCCAUUGAUUUGCUUGAAAUGUACGACUCGCAGGACCGAGCCACUCGCGACUUUGCGCGGCGGAUAGCCCGCGGGUUGAAGAUCGGCGUCGUGCAGGGUCUCCUGGCCAAGCAAACCGAGUGGAGCAUCACCGAGCCUCUCAGGGAGGCCAAGCGCUUUAUUCUGCACAAGAACGUGUGCUUCCAUUCGACGAUCAUCCGCACCUACCUCACCAAAGACCACCGCCACGAGAUGAAGCGCCGAAAAGCCCUCUCCAAGGCCGAGAACUAUUUCAAGAAACUCAACAUCCCCAUCCCGGACGAUGAUUGUAUGUCGAGCGAGUACGGCACGCUGGACAUGCCCACGGACACGGACACUGCGACGGAGCUCGACGACAUCGACGACCAAAGCGUAGAGACGGGAGCCGGGUCCAACCUCAGCAGCAUGGAGCAAAGCAAUCCCAGCACCCAGCUGGGCCAACGAUCCCUUGGUAACCAACCACUUCCCUCGCCAUGA